CCACACAAAUUCACUCCACUCCUUCGCCUCCACUCCCUUGCCCACUCCACUCCACCUGUGACCCUUAUUACCUGCCACAAGUGUGAUAAGAGUAAUUUAACCUCUUGGAAUGCCUCCGUAAAUAAGUCAUUCCACCAUUGACAAGAAACCACCAGUCCACCCCACCCCCUCUCCACCACCUCCCACUCCACUCCACUCCACCUGUGACCCUUAUUACCUGUCAAAAGUGUGAUAAGAAUAAUUUAACCUCUUGGAAUGGCUCCGUAAAUCAGGCAUUCCACCACUGUAAAGAAACCGCCAGUCCACCCCACCCCUUCUCCACCUGGCCCAGUCCACUCCACCUGUCACGGGCCACCAGCUGACACUCGCCACCUGUCAGCAGUGUGAGAAGAAGGACUGGUCUCUCUAUAAUGGCUUCGUGAUAAUAACUGAGUGGUCCGUGCUGUCAAGGGAGUGGAAGGAGAGAUUUUACAUUUGAUUAGCGGCGUUCAGGCAAGGCAGGAAACCACACACUUGUAUACCUACCCCACCUGUCACCACCUGCCGGCCCCUGACAGUGGUUCCCCAGCUGGUGGAGGCGCCGUGGCUUCCCUCAGGGUCUGCUCCCCGCCCCAGCACCGCCAUGGCCGUGGACAUCCUUCACACCAGGAACUUUUUCCUCCGAUGCAUGUGUGCCAUUUACAUGUUCGCCUUUGGCUCCCUGUACCUCCAGGUGCCAGGGCUGUAUGGCGAGAAAGGUAUCCUGCCGGCACACACACAGCUGCCCAACCUGAAGUACCCCAAGCAGUGUUUCUUUGACAAGCUGACGCUGCUCUGCUUCUCCUCAUUUGUGGGCCUCAACGUGUCCUACAUGAUGGAGCUCCUCUCACUCGCUGCAACGAUUCUCAGCUUCAUUGGGAUGGUGUGGAAGUCUUGGUGCACAGCCACUCUGUUCCUGAUCUUGUGGGGAAGCUACCUCUCCCUCUAUCAGGUGGGACAGACCUUCCUCUGGUUCCAAUGGGAUAUUCUGCUGCUGGAGGUAGGCUUCCUGACCAUCCUUGUGGCACCCGUGAGUCGCCGCAGCUGGUCCGAGUACCGGCCUCGGAACCUGGUGACCAUGUGGCUCAUCCGCUGGGCUCUGUUCCGGCUCAUGUUUGCCUCUGGGGUGGUGAAGCUCCAGAGUGGCUGCCCAACAUGGUGGGGCCUGACUGCGCUGCCCCUUCAUUAUGAGUCCCAGUGCAUCCCGACACCUCUGGCCAGGCUGUUCUUCCUUCUCCCGGACUGGUGGCAUCGCCUGUGUGUGGCCGCCACCUUUGUGAUUGAAAUUGCUAUCCCAUUCAUGUUCUUCAGCCCAGUGAGACUCCACAGAAUAUUCAGCUGUUAUAGCCAGAUUCUACUGCAGGUAUUGAUUAUCCUGACUGGGAAUUACAACUUCUUUAACCUGUUGACGAUGACCAUGUGUCUGUCCUUGAUGGAUGAUGUUCACCUCGGCUACCAGCACGUCAAGGACCUCUCUUUUGGCUUCAUCUCUUAUGUGAAGGCGACCUUCAGCUGGAUUGUUAAGUGGCUUGGCUUCAUUGCCUUGGCUUACUACACUGUGAAGUACUUCAACCUCAGCUUCUCCGCUGAAGGCAUCGUUGAGUCCAAGCUGGUUGUAUCACGGGCAGAGUUUGACGCCUUCAUGUCCCGUGCUGUGCCGCUGAGCAUAGCCAUCGGGGCGUUCUCUCUGGUCAUCACUGUGGCAGAGGCCCUCACCUCGUCCCUGUUUGAGGUGCGGGGUUGCCUCGACAAGUUUGGGGUUUUCAGCACAACGCUCAUCUACUCUGCUGCAGCGAUCUGCAUGUUUGGUAUCAGUCUGGUGCCAUACUCAGUCCUGGACCGCCCCACAAACCAGCGUCUUUGGCCUGUGUUCAGGAACCUGCAUGACCACACAUCGGACCUCCAACUCACCUCCAGCUAUGGCCUCUUUAGGCGCAUGACGGGUGUUGGGGGCAGGCCGGAGGUCAUCCUUGAGGGGGCAAACUCUCUUGAAGGGCCAUGGGUGGAGUACGAGUUUCCAUACAAGCCCGGAAGCCUGGACCGCAUACCACCCUUCGUCACUCCCCACCAGCCACGUGUAGACUGGCAGAUGUGGUUUGCUGCUUUGGGUAGCUACAACCAGAACCCUUGGCUUAUCUCUCUGUCCCACCGCCUCCUUGCUGGCCAGCCCGAAGUAGUUGCUCUCCUAGAUCGCUCAUCACCCUGGCGAGACACUCCGCCCAAGUAUAUCAAAGCUUCCAAGUAUAUAUACCACUACACAGGCUGGGAUGAAGGGGCUGAGUCAGGGAACGUGUGGAAGCGAACCCGUGAGGACGACUACCUCCCUAUCUUCACAGUGGACCACGCGCCACUGGUGGAGUACCUGCGAAAAAUAGGAACCAUAGGAACCAUGGAUAUCCCGGCCACCAACCAGCCUCUGCAGCAGGGCCUGGACAGUAUUAGGGGCUUCGUGAAUGCCAUUGAUCCUCCGCUGGUUCUCUGGACGCUCCUAGUCACGGGCUGGGCCAUCAUGUGGACCAAGAGGAGUGCCAGGCCACCGCCAAUCAUGUACCGCGCCCCCAAGUACAAGAGUGGAUAGUGCCGGUGACUCUGUGCGCUGCCUGUCUUUCAUGUGGUAUAGGGGAGGCUUGUCUACUUGUAUGCACCACUCCAAUUAGUACUUGAAUCAGGGAGAACUUUACUGUGCUCUGUAUUUUGGAACUUACUAAAAGCUAUUUGCAGGACCAGCACCAAGGGGCUAUUUUUCUUUCAUCUCUAAGCUGCCUCCUUUCCUGUAAAGAUAUAAAUAGAUAAAUGAAUAGAAUUGAGAUAAAAAAACUAAUAUUGAAGUAGUUUUUAUUGAUUAGUACUCAUAUUAGAAAAAAAUAAAUCUGGAGAAUUGAGUCAAGGUAUGAAAAUGGACCGCCAUACUCAAAACUUAGAAUGUUUAUCAAUCCACAUUUUGACGGUGGCUCAUUUUCAUAUCUCCGCUGAAUUUCCCGAAGCAUAUCUAUUCCUAACACAAGCGCUAACUGAAGUGGUGCGCAUAUUUCGAUGAACUUACCCUACCAACACAACAUGACCCGCAGGAGACAGGCAGGCAGGCAGGCAGAGAGUAAGUUAUCCUAGUUUUCAUGCACAAGUGUGGCGAGUACCUUGAAAGUUACUGUUUAUGGGGUCUUUCUUGUGUGUUGCUUCAUAGGGGGCAAGGUUGUUCAGGCUAGCAAGACCUGAGGAGCGUCAAGUCACGUGUUCCUAAGCACAAAUAAUAUUCCUAUGGUUACAGAGGAAGGGUAGGAUGAGGAAUGUAUCUUGUUGGACCUAAAGUAAAAGCAGUCAUCAUUUUUUCAGUUCCAUGUACAGUUGGAGACAUAAAUAUUAAUCCAUCCUUUCUCCUUUCUUGUCAGUUCAUCCCUCACUCCCCUCUCCUUCUUCCUUACCCCUUAAUAUCCUCUCUAAUACAGUUAUAUGUUACAGUUAGUCAGAAAUGUUUAUCCACCUCUCCUCCCCUGCCAGUUCACCCCUCUCUCCCCUCCCUUCCUUCCUCAUCCUUCACUUUCCUCUUCCCUCAUGUGGCACACCACAUGGAAGGGGACCACAAAGUCACACUGAGUUCAAAUUAUAUUGGAUUGAUAGUUUUGUCCACAACUGUACCUUGAGAGCAUUAACAAGCCAUAUUUUGAUUUCUAAUGCAAGUUAAUGAAGUGAUAAUGUUACUUUAUUGUAGUACAAUCAGCUGAAUGCAUUUAUGUCACUGUUUGCUGAAGUAGGUUUAUUUGAAAUCCGGUGAGGUGGUGGAAAGUAUGCAGUAACCGGGAAAUGAGAUAUUAGCGAAACCUACAAAUGCUACGGUAAAAGUCCUUUAGCUCAAAUAGUUUUGGACCGGUGUCUGUGUGGAUUAGUGAGUGCUUGAACACAGGCGACCAGAGUGAGUCUGCCCUGCUGGUGUGCCCGGGGAGCAGUAGUCCCACCCACUGUGUAAGGGUCUAGUAAGUCCAGACUUUAGGAUUUUCCAGAUUAUAAUUUUUUUCCUUCAAAAUUCAGAUCAAGAUUUUCUGUUCAGUGGAAUUUGUAUUAACGGACUUUUACUGUAUUGUUUUUUAGCAAAUGGUGUUUGACUUGGGUAAUACUGUAGUACUCUGGUAUAAAAGCAUUUAAUUGUUUCUUACUUCUUGUGGUAGGGGCACAAGUGACUGCCUUAUUUACCUCACCCAGAAGAUGUAAUGGUGCUUUGGCAGAGCACCAGUCCAGUGUAGACACAGAGCCUGUGAGCUGUAUGGUGUUGUGUGGCAGUGGUGGUGGUAGUGGUUGUUGCUCCGAGGGCUUGGUGGUAUACAUCCAUGUUGCUGUGGAAUGUUGGGUUACUCUGUGUGGUUUUGUGUGGACGGUAGUUGAUUGGACAGUGCAUAUGGAGACAUUUCUAUGUCUUAAGCAUUUAAUGUCUAUGAGUUUUGUGAGUAAGAAAGGGAGGUGACAGAGUUUAUAAUAACAGGACAUAUAUAUUUAUUAGAACUAUUCACAGCCAGUAACAAAUAUUAAACUAAGGCAUAUCAAAAAGCAAUGCAGUGUGCUGUGCAUCAUGAGUCAUGAAACUAAAUUUAAUGAGACAAUCCAAGAUUGUUUUCAAAAUUGCUGGUCAAUCUGGAGAAGCAGACGUAUUGAUGCACUAAAAAUAUGGCAUUAUGAAGGCCAGUGUUACCAAGUGAUGCCUUAACAAGCUGAACUAACAGAUGCUACAAAGGUGUAAUGCUGAAUGGACCUGUGUUCUUGUUUUGUAUGGUCAGUGUUGUGUGUAGAGUUGCUAUAGAUUUAUGGGUCUGUUUACUUAACACACACAAGUUUGCAGUUUUCAGUAAGUUAAAGUUUUCAGCUCCUUACCCCUCAAUAUUUUUAUGAGGGUAGAAAAGGGAAAAUAGAUUAUGAUAAAAAGCACAGGUGUUACACAAAGAUUUUAUAAUUUACUGCCAGAACAGUAAAUGUUUUGCAUAAGUGUGUGGUGUUUCCAUCAAUAGACAAUCCCCGUGUUGUUGCAGUAGUCACAAGUACACAAAUGAAGCACCAAGGCAGUCAGAUCAAACCAUGUAUGCACAGUUUGUCUUCCUAGGCUGAUAAGUUGCAGGUCAGUGCCAAACGUAGCAUUGUGAUGUGAUAACUCGUGGUAAUGUGUUAGCCGGUGAAACUUAAAGACGUCCUACGUGUUCACUCACGGAUGUUCUUGUGAAACUCACUCAGUGGUGCACUCGUGUUUGUAUCAGUUGUGUUUAGAGAGUGAUAGUAUAAUAUAAUUUGUAUUUGUAUGAUGACCUUUCUCAAUGAAGAGCUAUAAAAAAGUG